CCCAUUGUCUUAUAAACAAUAGUAACGAAUAGAAUAAUAAACACAAACUAUAAACACUAAACAAAUCGAUCAUUAGUCUAUUGCUUGGCUGAACGUCGCGUGGGCAACUAUGAUCCCAGUAAUAGCCCUGGUAACGUUAAUUUCUAGUGUUACUUCUGAGGUGAAAUCUUAUCAACGCCACGUUUAUAUGGCGAGGAAUACGCAUCCAAAUUCUCUGCCAAUAAAUACUGGAUACUACGCAUAUAAGCAAACAAGUGCACCAAGUGAACUAAAUGUAUUUGAAAGUGAUAUUAAUCCAUUAAGUUAUACUCAAGAUAUACCUCAACAGAAUAAUAAAACUAGAAAUAACUCUAAAUCAACAUUCAAAACCAGCUCAUAUAAUCUAGAAAGUCGCAAUUAUCUGGAACCGAAAGCAAACUCUGUCAACAAUAUUGUCAUACGAUAUGACAGUAAUCACCGCCGGGUCGAUGACGAUGAUGUAAGAACUGAUUCCAAAAUGUACGGUGGGUGGCCAUUCUUCUAUAGCAACCCCUACCAGUAUGAACCUAUGCAAUCCAGUUACGUGAAAGAUAAAGCUAAAGACAAACGAAGUGCUAUAACAAAUGAAAAAAUUAUUCCAGUACAUGAAAUAAUUCUAGAUGAUGUGCCUCAAGAAUAUAAUCCAUCACAUGAAAAUAAUGUUGAUAAUCCUAUAUACGGUAAUCAACCAUUUUUUUCAUUUGUCCUCAAUGACUAUUUCGAUAAUAAUAAAGAGGAAGACCCACUUACGUUUAAAGGACUGCAUUGGGGUAAUGAUUUCGAUCAUGAAAAACCGUUCCUUGAUAUUGAGGAAGGUAAGCGAGUUAGACGCUUAGAUGAUAAUAAAAUACCAUAUAAAUCUAUUUAUGAUGACAAUGAUAAACAAUCAGUCGAACAUUUAAAUAGAAUUGCAGAAACAGAAAGUGGUUUCAAUAAGUAUAAUACACAGGGUGGUCAGGCCAAAGGCGAAAAAGAAAGUGAAGAUCAUUCCCUAAGUUAUAGUCAUGAAGGACAAAAUAGCAUGAAGUUAAAAGAUUUUCUGGAUUCAUUUGUUAAUAAAUUUGGCUCAGAAGGACAUGGUAAAGAUACAAACUAUAGUAUAAAUAAAACUCAAGAUAAGGGUGAAAAUAAAAAGGGAUUUAGAAGAGUCUACCAUAAAGAUGAAUAUCAGGAAGAUAAUGAAUUCUUUGAUAACUCCAGUAAUAAAUCAAAGUUAGAAGAAACGGGUGGAUCGAAAAUUAACGUUGGUGCUUCGGAAGGUUUACUUGGGUCUCGCGCAUUUGCAUCGACUGGUAGUAAUGCAAACUCCCUCAACAAAAAAGGAAACGCUGAGAGCCAAAAAUUCUUAAAUAAGAAUGAAAUUGAAAAUAAAAGUACAGGAGCCGACAAAGAUUAUUAUAAAUAUCAUGACAUCGCACAUAUGGCAAGAACAAAUAACGAUGACUAUUUUUAGCACUACGAAAUAUUUCUUUUUUGUUUAUAAUUAUUCACUUCUUACAUUAUUACUUUUAGGCAAAUGAAGACUGAAGAGAUGUGUUAAAGACAAAAAAAAUUACAAAAAUAAACAGAUAUUUUUCUAGACAAAAUGCAAUCACAUCUAGGUCGAAGGCAAUCAUGAUCCAAUAUGCGAAAUCGUACCUAUUAAUGUUCAAGGUGUGUUUUAUAUUAUACAAAAAAUUC